GAUUGACGGUGCAGUUACAGAAGUAUCGUUUGGCUCGAUUGAGGUUGUGGGUUAAAAGGUGUAAUAUGCGAACACCCUACAGUACUAAAUACCUACGGAUAUGCCCUACGAGAACGGAGUAAAGGGGCCGUACUCCCUACAAUACAGAAUAAUGUAUCGUCACAUACCGUACCGUGACACUGGAACUUUACAUUAUCGGAUCGCAUACGGUACGUACCCGGGUCUAUUUUCCCUAUUAGCUGGAGUCACCUAAAUGCAACGGACUAUGGCCGCGCCAAUGUUCCCCUUCCCCGUAGCUUAAGGUACCUACUGUACCUACCUAGGUAGGUUCAGGUAUGCACUGUAAGCGCUAUCUAACCUUCAAGUUUUAGGUAGGUAUGUUGGCUGCUUACAUCUGAGUAGGGAGAAAGCUUUCCAAGGACAAUCCUCAGCUCAGACUUCGCACUCCGUAACGACAUACAUUUUAUGGAGUAGCGGGAUCUUUUUGACACACACAGCAGUCAUCGUGUCUGUUCUCUUGUGAGCUAGACAGAAAAGUACGGGGAUGAAAAGGCCAUGAAGAAAAAAAUCUGUUUAUUUGCUACCCCUAGAAAUCCUGAAAAAAAGAAAAGGGCGUUGUCAAUUAUCUUGGUGAGACUACCUAGGUUACUGAAGAGAUUGUUGGAAGGUCAAAGGAAAGAUAAAGUCCCAAAGUAGAUCACAUCAAACCCGACCGACUUGAUCAUCAUCAUGGCACUCAAAGCACUCGACAUCCUACUGCUUAUCACAAAUGUACCAUCACUCCAACAGAUCCUCUUUGGCGUACCACUCAUUCUACUCACGACAUGUCUCCUCACCUGGAUCAUCACGACGAUCAACUUCCAUCGGACCAUUGGAAAAUUUAGAACACGAGAACUCGACCCGUCAAACUCGUCCCAGGCAAUCCCGCCCCCGGUCCUACCGUAUUUCAUCCCCUGGCUGGGUAGCGCGUUGACGUUCCUCAACGAAAACCCGGGGUCCUUUUGGCGGAUGCUUCGAUCCAGGCUGUCGGCCACGGGGACAAAUGUCCAGGUCUGCACCAUCCUGCUGGGCGGCAAGAGGGCACACAUCGUCAACUCGGCCGCCGCCGUACAGUCCUUGUUCAGAUCGAAACAAGUGAGUCGGGAUCUGUUCAACUUUCAACUCGCCACGCAAGCCUUGGGCACGUCGAAGGAGGAUGCAGACGCAAUGUUCCCGCCGACCGGCCACGAAUUUCAUUCCCAGCAGCACGAAAACAAAAAGGACGGCAUGGAGGCAUUGAACCAUGAAUUCCUUCUGAGUCAAAACGCCGUCAACACACUCACCGCGAAAUUCAUCGAGGCAUUUCAAGACUCACUCGACGGCUUGGAGUUUGAGACCGGGGAGUGGAAAACCGUGGACUUGCUUUCAUGGAUGAGGAGGAGCAUAUUCGAAUCCGCGGUACGCGCUCUGUUCGGCACCAAGAUACUCGAGAUGAACCCGACCUUGGCCGAACAGUUUUGGGAAUACGAGGCUGGCUUCCUACCUAGAAUGUAUGGUGUGCCGAAACUCGUCAAGCCCAAGGCAUACUCUUGCAUGGAUGGCCUGUUAGACAAGACACAGGCUUGGAUUGAAUAUGCCCUCGCCCAACAUGGCGGCGUUGCUCCAGAGGAGCCAGACUGGGAACCUUUGAUGGGAUCCCAAGUGGUGAGAGCGAGACAUCGUUAUUACGACAAGAUAGGAUUGAGCAGUAGAGGCAAAGCCGCGUUUGACCUGGGAUUUUUGUUCGGUCUGGCAGGAAAUACUGUGCCGGCGACAAGCUGGCUGUUGGCACACCUCCUGUCGCCCGAAACGCCUGAUGACGUGCUCGGUCGAGUGACGAAAGAGGUGGAAAAUGCAAGGCAACCCGACAACGGGGUGAACAUGGCAGUGCUGAUGGCCCAGCCACUCUUGAAUUCAGCCUUUACGGAGAUGAUGAGACAUUACGUCGAUUGUCUCGUCACUCGCCAGUUGAAGACGGAUUUGGUGAUGGAUGGGUAUCUGCUGCGCAAGGACGAUUUGAUCAUGGCACCUAGUUCGUUGAGCCAGCACGACGUGUUUUGGGAACGAAACUAUGAGCCUUCUGCGUAUACAUGGUACGCAGAACGAUGCAUGAGACGACACGAUGAUCAACGACAAAUCGCCGGCGAGUCAAACUUCUUCAGCUCUUCCUGGGCCGCGGGGAAGUACUUUCCUUUUGGCGGAGGGACUCACAUCUGUCCUGGCCGCGUGUUUGCCAAACAGAAGGUCCUGGGUGCCGUGACAGCCUUCUUCCUCAAGUUUGAUGUGCAAUUUGUGGAGUACUCGGGCAAAGAUUGGAUGGGAAACGUAGUGGGUUUGGGUAAAGACGCUUCCGCAUUUCCCAGAGUCAAGCAGCAAUAUGCCGGCAAUGGGACGCUGGCAAUUGACGGAGACAUUCGAGUGCGAAUAAGAAGGAGGUGAUCUUCACUUUGCUCUCACCGCCAGACCCUAAAUUCUCAAGUACGGAGUAGUCGUCAACACCAAAAAACCUUUCCGCACUGUGCUGUUGGUGGUGGUGAUGUUGAUGUCGUUUGAGCAUCCGUGAAACGUGAAAAACCGAGUCGGUCAAGGGUUAGAGGAUACAAUUGCCCUGAGUGACGCCUUUUCCAGGUUUCCUCUAGCCAUGGAAUUCUUUUUCCAGAAGGCACAUCAUUGUUGCAACAGCCGUGGCUGCCGCGCGGGUAUAUCCUCACAGUACAAGGGCGAAGAUCUUGCCGGAAAAUCAUCUAGGACGACUUCGCGCAGGGGGGAAUAUGGUUUUGACAGUUGAUCAUCACCUGUGUGAGUGGUUGCAGCAAGGGCUGGUGAAACAGGGAGGAAUUUGCUGGACGAUGAUCUCUCGACUGAAAGAGAUGAACUCCAACAGUCCAUGGCGUCAUCAUUCGCCCCAAAAGCGACAAGGGUUGGAAGCAGGGAUUGCUAAGAAGGGGCCCAAGUAGGGUCAGAAAUUGACUUCCAGGGCAGGGAUUCAAUCACGGUAUACGGAGUACAUAGGUUUUUUGAUACGACAUAUCUCUUAUGGUGGUGGUAUAUAUAAGUCAAAAUGG